GGAAAUCCCCCAAAGCACAUACAUCACCACCACCAUCACGCCUUGAAACAUAUUGAUUGGACUAUGAGACAUAAUAUAACUAAGAGGUCAACUUGACAAACUACCCAAGAAACGAAGAAAUAGUCCAAAUUGUGCUACCUGACCUUGUCAGUGUGUUCACACACUACUGUGUCAGCCACAUAAUUACAGAUAAAUCAAUACAAAAGUUCUGUAAUCUUUAUGUUUGUUUACAACACUGAAUAAAUCUAUCUGUCAAACAGGUAUAUAUAACAACCAGAAUUGUCUGAGUGCAGAGAAGAAAAAAAGAUGCAGUCCCUUGGUCAAAACGAGGGCUCCCUAUCAUGCCCUCAAGGUUGUUGCCCUACUUUAUUGUUCAAUCCUCCACCACCUCAAUCUCAUCAGAACACAACAACCAAACCCAGAAACAGUUCUGCAGAGUGUCGCCACAGCUUUGUAGCCACCACGUCAUCCUAUAUCUUCCCAAACACCAAAUUCACCAACCAUGAGUCCCUUCCUUCUCUUCAUGAAUCAUUCGGUGAAUUCAAGAAAGUGUAUCCUCAAUACUCUGAAACUGACCAAGUGGACCAUUUAAGAGCUAAGGAAUAUUACCAUCUCUCUUUCUCCAACCAAUCAUGCCUUGACUACAUUGGUAUUGGCCUCUUCUCCUAUUACCAACGCCAACACCACCAUGACACCUCAAAAACCCAAUUUGCCUCUUCUUCAACACCUCUAUCCCCACCCCAAUAUUCUGAUAUUCCCUUCUUUAGCAUAUCCUACAAGACUGGGAAUCUGAAAACACUUUUGCUUCAUGGGGGGCAGGAGUCAGAGUUUGAGUCUGCCAUGAAGAGAAGAAUAAUGAAGUUUCUCAACAUUUCUGAAAGUGACUACUUCAUGGUUUUCACAGCAAACAGAACUUCAGCUUUCAAACUUGUGGCAGACUCGUAUCCAUUCCAAUCUAGCAAGAAGCUUCUGACAGUUUAUGACUAUGAGAGUGAGGCAGUGGAAGCAAUGAUCUGUUGCUCGGAGAAGAGAGGAGCCAAGGCCAUGUCAGCAGAGUUCUCAUGGUCAAGGCUGAGGAUUCAGUCAACAAAACUGAGGAAGAUGAUUGUUAGCAAGAAGAAGAAGAAAAAGAAGAGGGGUCUCUUCGUAUUUCCACUUCACUCCAGGGUAACGGGAGCAAGAUAUCCUUACCUGUGGAUGAGCAUAGCACAGGAAAAUGGAUGGCAUGUCUUGAUUGAUGCUUGUGCAUUGGGUCCCAAAGACAUGGACAGCUUUGGCCUAUCUCUCUUUCAACCCGACUUUCUCAUCUGCUCAUUCUACAAGGUCUUCGGAGAAAAUCCAUCAGGGUUUGGAUGCCUUUUUGUCAAGAAAUCUGCUAUUACCAUUCUUGAAUCCUCUUCUUGCGCAGGAAUUGUGAACCUCGUACCAGAUAGGUUUCUACGUCAGUCAUCAGAAGAUAAGUGUUCUUCUGGGAACUGUAAACAAAAACCAUUAUCUAGCUUGCAAGACCAAGAACUGUCUUCCUUAAAUUCUUUCUCUGGUCGGAUACAAACUUCGGAAGCUUUAAAAGUUGAAGAAUCAUGUGAGCUUCAGAUCAUGGUGGCAGCAGCAGAGCCAAAGAAAGGCUCUGGAAGUGUCGAGGCAAAAGAAGUGGUUGAGAGCCUUCAAAAUAAGAAAGCACAACAUGGUGAGAACGGGGGAUUUAACAUUGAGUGCAGAUGUUUGGAUCAAGUGGACUCUUUGGGAUUGACAAUGAUCACCAAUAGAACAAGGUAUCUGAUAAAUUGGCUGGUGAACUCCAUGAUGAAGCUGAAGCACCCUAAUGCAGCAGGGGAACCACUAGUCAAGAUUUAUGGCCCAAAGGUAAAAUUUGAUCGAGGGCCUGCUUUGGCAUUCAAUGUGUUUGAUUGGAAAGGCGAGAAGGUUGAGCCCGUCCUUGUACAGAAACUUGCUGAUAGGAACAAUAUAUCUCUCAGUUAUGGGUUUCUGCAUCAUAUUUGGUUUGCAGAUAAGUAUUCAGAAGACAAAGGAAAAGUUCUACAGACCAAAGAAGGAAGAGGCCAGGGACUAACCACCAACAAGAAGAAAGAUAGGGAUAAACUAGGAGUAACAGUAGUUACUGCUGCAUUAAGUUUCCUGGCUAAUUUUGAAGAUGUAUAUAAACUAUGGACUUUUGUUGCCAGGUUCCUUGAUGCUGAUUUUGUGGAGAAGGAGAGAUGGAGAUACACCGCUCUAAAUCAGAAAACAAUUGAAGUUUAAUUCACUAAAUUUCAUUUAUUCUUCUGGUUUGUGAUACACAGAACACUUAAAAGGGUGUGGAUUUUAAUGAGGAUUUGUAUCUUGUCAUUGUAUGCACAUUAUGAAGAGAGAAAGAAAUAAAAUAAUUCUUUGAAUCA